AUGAAAAAGUAUUUAUAAUGUGAUAGUAAAUUUUGGUAAAUAAAUAUUGAUGAUAAUGAGACACAGUUAUUCAUAAGAUAUGGAAAUUUGUGUGAUUAUGAAGAAUUAAAUGUGAAAAAAGUGGAGAAGUAAUUUCAAUCAAAAGAAGAAUGUGAGAAAUAUUAUUAAGAGGCAUCAAAAAUGAAAUUAGAAAAAGGAUAUAUAGAAGUGCAGGCAGGUUAAUAAAUUUAAUAGUAAUAAUUAAAAAAGGAUUCAGAAAUAUAAUAAAAUCGUAGUGUAUAAUAAAAGUAGCAAUAGAAAUAGAUUGAUACAAUAAAAAGAAGUGGUUUAAUAAAGGCAGAUACAAUAGCUGCAUUAACAGAUGAUGCUUUAAGAGGACGAUAAUAAUUAAUAAAAGGUGGUGUAGUAGAUUUAGGGAAAGGUACAAUUCCAACAGGUAAAGUAAUGCUAGCAUAAACAUGGAAUGAAGAAAUAGAUCCAAAGGGUUAUUAUUUAAGUGAGAAAUUAGAUGGAAUGAGAAUGAUUUGGACAGGUUCAAAAAUGUAUUCAAGAAAUGGUAAUCCUAUAUAAUUUCCUGAAUUUUUUGUAAAAGGUUGGCCAAAAUCAUAUUUAGAUGGUGAAUUAUGGUUGGAGAGAGAUUAAUUUUCUAAAUUAGUUUCAAUAACAAAAAGAUAAGUUCCAGUAGAAGAAGAUUGGAGAAGAGUAAAAUAUAUGGUUUUUGAUGCUCCAGGAUUGAAAUUACCAUUUAAAGAUAGAUAUUAGAAAUUUAAAUAAGCAUGUGAAUAAGCAAAUGAAUAUAUAGUAUAUGUUCCACAUAUAGAAUGCAAAGGUUAUGAUCACAUGAUAGAUGAAUUAGAAGCAGUAUAAGAGAAAGAAGGUGAAGGAUUAAUGUUAAGAGAUCCUGAUAGUUUAUAUGAAUAAAGAAGAUCUGAUAAAUUAUUAAAAGUAAAGACAUUUUAAGAUGAUGAAGCUACAGUAUUAGCACAUGAAUAAGGAAGUGGAAGAUGUUAAGGAAUGCUUGGAUCUUUAAAAGUUAAAAAUACUAGUGGAAUUAUAUUUAAUAUAGGAUCAGGUUUAACAGAUGAUAUAAGAUAAAAACCACCAAAAAUUGGAUCUACUAUUACAUAUAAAUAUUAUGGAGUAUCAAAAAAUAAUGUUCCUAGAUUCCCUAUUUACUUAAGAGAAAGACCUAAAGAAUGAAU